AUGAAGUGUGUACGAGCUGUACGACCAGCGUAUAAGAUCAGCAAUGCCCCUAUAAUCCUAAGAAGCAGAUUCUCGUCAGCAGCAAAGUUACAGCAAACCGAUCCUCAGGCUGUAGCGGACAGUUUUUUGUCCAAAUUCGCAAAUGGCAAGACCUUUUCGCGCAAGCAGCUGCUUGAUGCAAAUCAACUUCGACUGUUUUCUUUGACACUGGACCGACCCCAUCUCUGGCCGGGUUCAUCAUUGUUGGCUAAAAGUCUCGAAGAAGCCGAACCUGCUCAAGGAACACCAAUUCCACCUGCGUAUCACUGGAUUUAUUUCACACCUGCACAGCUCCCGGGCAUUCUCGGGUUAGAUGGCACGGAUGCGUCGUUCAACCGGAUGCACCAUUUACGGCGCAUGUGGGCUGGGGGGUCCGUGGAGUGGCCAGGGGCGGAUCCUGCCAGCGCACAAAACCACUUCCUGCAGGUCGGCGAUACUGUCACAGAAACGACCAAGCUCUUAAGUUGUGUGCCCAAGGUGAUGAAGGAUGGCAACGCUAUGUUAGUCGUGGGAGUUGAAAAGGAGUACCACGACAGCAAGGGCAAUCUAUGCCUAAUCGACCGUCGCAACUGGGUCUUCCGAGAGGCAUUGGAUCCAUCCAAACCGGCGACUAGCCCAAAGAAACCAACGGAACUCUCUCAAGCAGAACUUGACGAACGAGAUCAGGGUAAAAUCGUUCGAGAAUAUAACCGGGACGAGCUGCAGCUGUUCCGUAUGUCAGCCUUGACAUUCAACGGUCACCGCAUCCACUACGAUAAGCCGUGGGCGACCGAAGUUGAAGGGCAUCGCAAUAUCGUUGUGCACGGGCCACUAAACCUGAUCGCCAUGCUCGAUUUGUGGCGGGACGAGAGUGUCAAGCAAGGAUUAGGCAAGACCAGAGACGAGAUCAUAUAUCCCCGCAAGGUUGACUAUCGCGCAACCAGUCCUGUCUACGCAGGGGAACCAUACAGGGUGCUACUGGAUGCCGGAACUCUAGGCCAGCAUACUGAUGCGCAGGUUGAAGUGCGGUCUAACGACGGCACCAAAUGCAUGAAGGGCACUGUAUCCACUUGGCAAGGAUGA